CCAUGGCUAUGCGCGCAAGAACACGGCGUGAAUGGCUGGCGGUGUCACGUCACAUCGAAGCCUACCCGCAUAUCCUGUGAGCCGCCAGCUGGCUCUGACGAUUCGCACCAAAGACAGAUUGGGUAGAGGAUGGGACCCUGUACGGUGUUGGUAGCCACAAAUAAUUGUUUGUGCUAGCCUGUUAGCUCCAUUGACAUGCUACCUUCUCACCUACGUGCAUCCGUAACGGCGCGGGACGUUUUUUUUACCUGUACCUUCAGCAUAGGUACCACAGUGAAAAGUGAACGUCGGGCGUGAUGACGGUCAUCAGCCUGUUCUCUGUUAUCUCCUUGCCAUGGUGUCCCUUCCCAAAAGAUGGUCGCUGUCUAAGCCCAAGAGCCGUCACCGGGGCCCUCGUUAUCACCGAGGCCUCCUGAGGACUAACUCGGAAGGAGACGAACAACAGGCUUUUAUUUUCGCCGACGGAGACGACGUCGCUUCCGAUGAAGUCGGCACUUGGGAUGAUGCGACAGAACUCCGACUUCGUGGAGGUCAGAACGGUUCCAGAGACACCGGCGACAGAAGCAAAGUUGGAGCUCGAAAGGCUCCACCUGCGGCAGUGUUUGAGCACCGCAUUGUUGAAGGCGAAACACUGCAAGGCAUCGCGCUCCGUUACGGAUGCACGGUUGGCGCCUUGCGACACUCCAACAACCUGCUUAGUGACCAGGACUUCUUUGCCCUCACUGUGAUCAAAGUCCCUGAUCGCAUCCACAUUGCAACAGGACAGCUUGUUGACACAAACGUGCCUGCUGAUGACACCAUCUCUGUUGCCAGCGAUGGUGCAGAGUCACCGCCGGACAAAGCAAUCCGCUAUUGGAAGAACCUCGACGAUAAAGUGCAAGCAGCCUUGCAAGAACGAGGUGCGGGAGAUGACGGCAUCCAAAUCGACGAAGUUGAGGACAGCUCAGUCGACCGUCAUGUCUCGCGUCCACAGCCCGAUUCAUCCAGUGGUGCAGACUGUGGCAUAGGAUGGUGUGGUAUAAUUGCGAUUGUUGUCAUUGUUGCUGUGCUCGUGCCAUCUUUCUAUGUGCUGUACAUACUCGUCUACCAAAAGGAAAUUCGUGAUGGAGCUGUGCAGUUGAGGAAGUGAGUGAACUGCAGCGUGGGAGUCGCCGAGGCUGCCUAGCACAGAAAAUGCAUUUGUGAUGGUGUUUUUGCUCAAGAUGGAGUGACCUGUUGCAUAGAGCUUUGCACUGUUGUUGCUGGUAGGGGUAUUCACUGCUUUUACUUUUCUGCUCUCACUCAUUUGCACAGCAAGCUGCAUAUGCGGCUCUUUUACUUACCCAUUCGUAUGGAUCAUUGAUAAAAAUAAUGAGUUCGCGAGAGCUUCCCUUUUUUUACACACACCGUUUAUUUUUUAAGGCUUUUUGUUUGCAAGUAAGCAUUUAUACAGUAUGUAAACAAAUGGUGAUAUAUGGAUUGCAGGAUGCCAUCUUUCUUUUUUCACAUCAAGCCUUGAUGUGGUAAAGCCUCGCACAAGUGAUUAAUGUGCCUUUACCUUCAACGUUGUGAAAGUUGCUGAUAAGUAGGUGUACCACAGGGUGUGCAUUCUUAGUCGGGAUUUUUGUACUUUGAAGGUUGCUGAAUGAAACCAUUUUAAUAAACAUAGCGUGUAGGCUUUAUAAGAUAAAACUGCAAUGUCUAGAAUACAUUGUGUAUGCAGGAGUUCUUGAAAUGCCAUUGUUGCAUAGUCUGUACAGAGAAGGAUUUAAAUACAUAGGAAGACAUAGGCUUAUUCUAAAUGAUAACAAAUAAAAGACGGCAGUACUGAUUUGUCA